AUGUCUUUUACCGAAGAAUCCAACCAAAACUCCACCCCGACAGAUUACGCCUAUCAAGUUCUCCAAAAGCUGCUUCAUGAACACCUGAAGCUAACGGGCGGUGAGCUGAUGAAGCAGCCAGACCAAAUUCGGUUCCUCAACCUCGUCCGGCCUUUCUUACCCAUACUACCAGAAGUUUCCUCACCCGAUCGCAAAGUCCCAUUCAACCAAAAAGUACUAUGGACGGCGGUAACGCUCCUUAUUUUCCUGGUGUGCUCUCAGGUGCCCCUGUACGGUAUCAUGUCCUCCGACUCCUCCGACCCUCUCUACUGGAUGCGCGUCAUCCUCGCCUCUAACCGUGGAACACUCAUGGAACUUGGAAUUACGCCUAUUAUCACUUCGGGAAUGAUCAUGCAGCUUUUGGCGGGUGCCAACCUUAUCGACGUCGAUUUCAGCUUGAAGGAGGAUCGUUCGCUGUUCAGUGGUGCUCAGAAACUCUUCGCCCUCAUUAUCGCUCUCGGUCAAGCCACCGUCUACGUUCUUACCGGUCUCUACGGACAGCCUUCGGACCUUGGUGCUGGUGUCUGUCUCCUGCUCAUCAUCCAGCUCAUCGUCGCCGCCCUCAUUGUCAUCCUCCUCGAUGAACUCCUCCAAAAGGGUUACGGUCUCGGUUCUGGUAUCAACCUGUUCAUCGCAACCAACAUUUGCGAGUCCAUCGUUUGGAAGGCGUUUUCCCCUACCACAGUCAACAUUGGACGUGGAAGCGAAUUCGAGGGCGCGUUAGUCGCGCUCUUCCACCUUCUGUUCACGUGGCACGAUAAGGGCCGUGCUCUCCGCGAGGCAUUCUGGAGAGAGCGUCUUCCCAACGUGAUGUCGCUCAUCUCGACGGUUAUCAUCUUUGCCGUGGUUAUUUACCUCCAAGGAUUCCGUAUUGAGAUCCCUGUGAAGAGCAACCGCUUCCGCGGCCAACGUGGAACCUAUCCUAUCAAGUUGUUCUAUACCAGCAACAUGCCCAUUAUGCUCCAGAGUGCAUUGACUAGCAAUGUCUUCAUUGUAUCUCAGAUGCUCGCGUCGAGGUUCCCUAGGAACCUGUUGGUUAAAAUUCUCGGUGUUUGGGAGCCUCUUGAGGAUUCUCCUCAGCUCCGCGCCACUGGAGGUAUCGCAUACUACAUGUCACCACCCCACACCAUCAAGGAGGCCGUCCUCGACCCCAUCCACACCGCCAUCUACAUUACCUUCAUGCUCUCUGCCUGCGCAUUGUUCAGCAAGACCUGGAUUGAGAUCUCUGGUAGUGGACCCCGCGACGUCGCCAAGCAGCUGAAAGACCAACAGAUGGUUAUGGCCGGUCACCGUGAGGGUUCGAUGUACAAGGAACUUAAGCGCGUCAUCCCCACGGCUGCGGCUUUCGGCGGUGCCAUCCUCGGCCUGCUCUCCGUCGCCGCCGACCUUUCUGGUGCGAUCGGUAGCGGAACCGGUAUUUUGAUGGCUGUUACUAUUAUUUAUAGCUACUGGGAGAUCGGCAUGCGCGAAUCUGGCGGGCCUGAGAUGGCCGCGUUUGGCGAUCUGCUAUAA